UGAGUCACGGCACCAGCAAGGAUUUCUGUAAGAAAGAGAAUUAUGUAGUAAAACAGUAACGUAACAUAGCUGAGUGAAACAAACAUUGUUCUUAUAUCUAAACCUAAGUUGGAAAGUUUCCUACCCCGUCAGCAAGUCAAAUGGAUGUUUUGUCAUGGAUGACAACGUUGUCCGUGUGGUUAGCCUUCAGCAGCACAGUUUUGUUGCUGACCUCCCGAGUGUCGUUGCUAUGGUUACUGCGCCUGUACAAAUACGAACAGAUACAUCCGGUCACGUGGUAUCUGAUCAUCGCCUUUGUGCUCGGGACCCCCCACCUGACGGAGACGGUCCUGGCAUUCUGGGGCACGCCCAUCAUCAGCGGCGCGCGGGGAUGUCGUCUGCCUAGACUCUCACGUGUGAUGAUGGGUAUGAUGGCCAGCACGCUUGAGGGUGUAGCUACUGCCGUCUUUGCUACCGAAGUCGCGCAUGCGCUACCCGAGCCUGUGCUCACAACACUACCUUAUGCGACCCUAACCUUCCUCAUCAUCAAAGAUGUCUACACGAAGGUCGCACAGACGACGCCCGAGGGUGGGGCUCUGGAUUCUGUCAGACACAACGCCCGGAGCUGGUGUCAGGCUGUGACAGCUGGCUACAUGAUGUGUGUCACACCGGCUGUCGGAGUCGUGCUGAGUGCCUGGUCGACGUUCGGGUUGAGUGUCCAGGGCUGCGUGGUACUGACCAUGUCCAUCACCAUCCUGGCAGCGGUCUGGCACCCGGAUGUCCAGAGAAAGAUUCGCCUGUCCGAGUCUGGCACCGUCCACUGCCCCCUGGCCGACCUGCUGUACGCGCCCAUCAAGCUGACCACAGUCCUGGUCACCGUCUACCUGUCCAUCUUCUUCAAGCUGGACGACUUCCGGGUGUCCCCCCAGAGUUGCCUGACCUUGGCCCUGGAGGAGAUCGCCAAGGUCAAGGUCUGGCUGCCGGUGGUGCUGUGUUGCCUCUCGGGGCUGCUGUGUUUCCUGAAUGUGCUGGCGGCGUUUAAGGUCGGGUUGACCACGGCGGGGGUCAAGCUGCCCAUGUUUGUGUGUCCGGUCUUCGCCUCGUUGGCCACCACGGUGUUGUGGGAUGAUUUAGAAACAGAUGCAUUCUGGGAGGUCACGGGGAUCGGGGUGUACGCCUGGACGGCGAUUGGUCUAUCGGCGAUCACGUGGCUGAUACCGUUUUUUCUCCCCAUUUUUUCGGGAUUUCAAAACUUUAAAAAUAAACGGUAUACCAUCGGCGCAUGCGUGUCGUGGAGUUCGUUUUUUCUAGAACCCAGACUGAUCAUGAGCAACUAUUUCAACACGGACAACGACACACCGGACGAACUUUCUGGAAAAUUUCAAGAUUUCCCCCGAAAAAAAACUGUGUACAUUUGCACUACCAUGUACAAGGAAAGUGAACCAGAGAUGAAACGUUACGUGGCUAGUAUAAAAAACGUGUUUGAAAAAAACGACCCCAAGAAAGUGAACUUGGAGGCCCAUGUGUUUUUCGAUAGCUCGGUCGUGGACGGGAAAGUUACCCCCCUUGGUCGGCAGUUACUGGCCUUGCUGUGUCGAACUUUUGGGCUGAAGCUGAAUGACCUUGAGAAGAAGGCCACACCCUACGGUUGCCAGGUCAACACGCGCAGCUUAAUUAAUUACCCGGCGUACAUCCAUUUUAAAGACACUUCAAAGGUCAAGGGCAAGAAGAGAUGGAGCCAGGUCAUGUACAUGCAUUAUGUGUUGAACUUCCGGCAUAUCGAGUCGCAGACUUCCGGUUUCUGUAACAUGGAGUACGACGACAAAAGCUGCCGAUUCCAGACCGGAUGUGCUGAGCCAAGAGAGCCGGCUUGGAGCUGUAGUCACGGCUCGCGUGAGCCGGCUUACAGCUUACCUAACUACUGCACGCUGCAGGACUCCACGGCUUCCAGUACCUGCUCGAAUUGUUACGUCAGAGGUCAAGUGUCACUUCCGUUUUGUAAGUCAGACUCGCGGCUGUGCGAGGAGUCGAAAGAGUCGAGCGUUUUAGACUCGGCGGGGUUUUGGACGUCCUACGAUCACGUGACCGGUGGGGGGUACGGCAGGGAGUGCCAGAGCAGGGAGCUCCAGGCGAAGGUGUGCUCUGUGUCUCUGGGCUCGGUCAAUGACGACAGUGCCAUCUCGUGCAUUUCCAGUUCCACCAGCUCUUCCCCGUGGUGCAACAUGAAAACACACAUUCUACCAAAUACACACGAAACAGCUACGUCACUAGAUAAUGUGUACCUGCUGACAACGGACGCGGACACAGAAUUUAGUGCUGACAGUUUGGCGAAUGUUCUAGAACAAUGUGAGACUGACCCAGAUAUUGGAGCCGUCUGCGGACGGACGGUGCCCAUUGGUUCCGCCAAACCUAUCGUCUGGUACCAGAAAUUCGAAUACGCAAAAGAUUUCUGGCUAGUCAAGUCCUCACAGAACGUCAUCGGCUCCGUGACUUGCUGUCCGGGCUGCUUCAGUAUCUACCGCGGGGCGGCCAUGGCCAAUGUGUUCCAGCAGUUCUGUACGCCCCCACACUCGGCCUUUGAUAACCUGGUCAUGGACCACGGCGAGGACAGAUGGCUCUGCACCCUACUGAUGCAGGCUGGCUGGCGACUUGCAUACUCCUCCCAAGCCCACAACUCCACCCACUGCCCGGAGACCGUCGGCGAAUUUCUCCGACAGCGGCGACGCUGGGUCUUGUCAGAGCUAUCCAACAUGGCCGCCAUCUUCGUCACCCUCCGGAAGCUGGUCAGAAACAACGCGUCGUUUUCUGGAAUGUUCCUGAUCUCGCUGUUGACGACCUUCCUCUGGGUAGUGCUGUCCCCUGCCACGACGCUGGUCUUCAUGUGUGCAGGUCUGGAAGUGCUGUUCUCCGUUACCAUGGCGAUCACAUUACCGGUGGCGCUGGCAGGAUUUUUUUGCUACUGUAUCGUGUGCUGCGUCGCGAAUCAGCACAAGCAGAAAUUGGUUUCCAUAGCAACGACGUCGGUUGUGGCGGCCAUUGUUGUGUCAUUGGGUGUUGGUUUUGUUUUCUACGUCAUAAACGCUGUACAAACAGAUCUGGAGGUCGAGGGCAAAGUUCACUUCCGGCCCUACUUUCUUGUGUUCAUCUUGAUCAUCGCCAUCGUGUACGCCGCCGUCCUUCACCCCAGUGAGCUGACCAGCCUGGUGUACGGGGUGGCAUAUGCCCUGCUCUUCCCCUCCAUGUUCAUCAUACUUCCGGUCUAUGCCCUGGCCAACAUGCUUGACCAGUCGUGGGGCACGAGAGAGGCGGGGUCACAUGGAUGUUGUCAGCAGCCUCAGGUGGAGGAGGAUGAGGAUUUGUUUUUAGAUUACUCCCUUGAUGUUGACUCCCUCCCAAACAUGGAGGACACCGACAGCAAAGAGAACAAGUUCUGGAAGAAUCUUCAGCACAACGUCAUCGGCAACUACGUCAACAACGGCAAAUCUGGACCCCAGUUGGCAGACGAUUUGAGUCGUCUGCGUCGCCAAGCCAUGUCCGGGCUGGUCGCUUCCAACUUGGUCUGGUUUGUCUCCCUUAGCCUCAUCUACCUGCUGGCCGGAAGUGACGUCAUUUGUUAUUUGGUUGCCGCCGUCUUUAGCUUCUCCUUACUCGUGCAGCUAGUGGGGCUAACAUGCUACAAGUUUAACAGCGUCAUUGAGGCACAGCUGAAGGAAAAUGUCAGUGACUACAUCAAGACCUAGCCACAUCGACAG